AUGCUCACGACAGCUUUGGGAGGCGAGUGCUUUUGUUAUCCCCAUUUACAGGUAGGGAAACUGAGGCAGGCAUUCCCCCACGCCCUUCCUGUCCAAGGCCAGCGCUGCUGGAGGCAGGGUUUGCCCCUGAGUGUUUCUGGAAGCUCCAUCCGGAGGCAGGCUGUGGGAGUGGGCGGGGCUGGGCCGCUGAGGGGCCGCCCCCGUUCCGACAGGCCCGGUUUGCUCUGGGAGGCCUGGCGGGGCCUCCAAGCACACCCAGGGUCCGUUCCGGCUUUCCACGCGCGCCGCCCCGGGAGUCCCCCGGACUCCGCCUUAGGCUGUAAGACAAAUGUAUGCAAACCGAGGCAUGCAAAGGCGCGCCUGCUUUGGUUGGGCGGGUUCGGGGGCGGGAGCGAGCGCCAGGUGGCGGAUCCUUCCGGAGGCGAGGGAGGGCCCGCACUGCGCCAGCGGCCCGCGCGGGGGCGCUCGCGGGCCCGACGCUUCCGUUCCCAUGACGUCCUCGGGCGCGCAGGAGGAAGAAGCCCAGCCAGUUCUCGCGAGAGGCGCCAAGGGGACGGAGCGGCGGGAGCCGGCGGACGCGGCAUGGCCGAUGUGAUGGUCUACAGCAAGGAGUGCACCGGCCGCCUCGGCUGGACGCGCCUCCGCCGGGCCCGCUCCCCGCUGGGCGUGGGCCGCCGGGCGCGGCGGCGGGCCCGCUCCUUGACGGCCGGGAACCAGCGGCGGCUGCGGCUGCGACUUCAGCAGGCCGAGGCGAACGGCGUGGCCUGGCUCGCCGAGGAGGACGCGGCGGACGCCGUGGUAGCGGGAAGCGAGUGGAGCGCCCGGGACAAGAAGGCGAGGAGGAAGAAGGAGCGGCGGCGGGAGCGCGCCGAGCGCGAGCGCGAGCGCCGGGGGCGCGAGGAGCAGUUGCUGGAACGCGAGCUAGAGGAGCGGCGGUGGAGGCAGCUGCGGCAGCUGCGCGAGCUACAAACGCGGAGGGAGCGCGAUGCGGCCGCCGAGGAGAGCGUGGCUCCCGCCCCCGCGCCGGGGCCGUUGGCGGGCGGCGACUCCGAGGGGCCCGAGGAACCCCCCCGGGCUCCGGGCCCGGGGGAGCCCUUUGUGGUGCGGAGCAAGGCCGGCCUCCUCGUGCUGCUGAGCCACACGCAGACUUUUACCUUCACUGGGAAGUGUCGGAUGACCUGUCUUUAUGGCCGAGUACAGGUAUUUGGUUUUAUCAUCAGCCAAGGCCAGCCAGCCUAUGACCUGUAUUCCCCCCUCACCAACUGUGCCCUGACUAUUGAAGCAAUUAGCUAUGUGAUGCCAGAGAAAACCCUGAAGGAUAUGAAACUGGAAGUCCGAGCUUUGAUCAAAGAUCAUCUUUUUUCAGCUAACGCAUUUCAUGUGUUGAAACAGUUUUCUCCUAUGUGUUCCAUUGUUCUUCUCGAAAGUCUGGAGACCCGUGCUAUAGACUUCAUCCUGAGCUACUCAUCUUUUUCUCACCUUUUCUCGGGAAAGAAACAGGCGAUGUCCUCCUCCUACAAUCUGGAGCAGUUAACCAUGUCUUCUAUCGGCAUUAAGAAAUGUGAGGAGGAAAGUGGCUUUCACUUGUCUGAGAGUAGCAGUUCAGCCAUAGAAGAGUUAAUCUCUGCUUGUUGUGAGGAAUUUGAUGGCUGCCCUAUCAUCUUGGCUUGUGGGCCAAAGUGCAUCGGCAAGUCCACCUUUAAUAGAUAUCUGAUUAACCAGCUGCUGAACUGUAUUCCCUGUGUCGACUUUUUGGAUUGUGACUUAGGACAGACAGAAUUCACUCCUCCUGGUUGUGUUUCUUUGUCUAAUGUUACAGACCCUAUUUUUGGGUCACCCUUCACUCAUCAAAGGAAAACUAGAAAAAUGGUCUUUUAUGGUGAUUCUUCUUGUGAAGAUGACUGUAAGAAGUACACUGAGGUUGUGAAGUAUGUAUUCAGUGCCUAUCAGAGAGAAGCGCCUCUCAUCAUCAAUACAAUGGGCUGGGUGAAAGGUGAUGGACUUUUGCUCCUCAUUGACCUUAUUCGAAUGCUGGCCCCUACUCACAUUGUUCAGUUUAGUUCUGAACAUUCCCACGAUAUGCCCCUGCUUACCCCAGAGUACAUUGCUGGGAUGGCAGGUCUGCAGACAAAAGGCAAGACCAAAGUAAAAAACAGGCAUUUGAACUCCGCUGAAUCGGAGAGUUCAGGGGAUCCAGAUGAAGGGAGCCUUUUGCACUCAUCAGGACACAAACUGCUGCUUAUACAGUCUGAAUUUGCUGGUGCUGGCGUUGCUCAAUUGACGCAAUGGCAUAGCCCUGUUCUUCGUGAUAUGGCCUUGUUAGGUUACCUUUCCCUGCUACAGCCACCACAGGCAAAAGCAUUUCUUCCAUUACACCAUCUAGUCCCCUAUCAGAUCCCUUUCAGUUCUGUUGCUCUCCGGGUUAUUCACACUGAUGUUGCUCCUACACAUACCAUGUAUACAGUAAAUGCCAGCUGGAUUGGUCUUUGUAGAAUACUAGAUGAUGUCAAACAGAAAACUGAUGGACCAGUUUUUCUUACAGACAAUCCAGUCUGUGACUGUUUGGGGUUUGGAAUUAUCCGAGGGAUCAGCAUGGUGAAAAAAAUGUACUACAUUCUGACUCCUCUGUCUCGUGAAAAGUUAAGGCAUGUGAAUUGUCUGAUGAUUGGAAAUAUCACUGUUCCUCAUUGCGUCUUGAAGUACCAGCCCAAGGUUGAGGGGGAUAUCCCGUACGUUACUUCUGAAUACAAUUUUUCUAUUUGGGGAUCAGGAAAACUCAGAGUGAGGAAGCUUCUGCAAAGAAGAGAAUACCUAUAAUCGCCAAUGAACUUUUCACCGAAGAAUUAGCCUGAAGCUCUUGGUUUAAUGAGGGAGGGGGAUGCAGAGGUGUCCAGUGGAGUGAGGUGAACAAUUCUCCAGCCAAAAUACUGUUUAUAGUUUACAAGUGUUUUUGUAUUAAAAUAUUUUCUGAAAAUUCUUCUCAACAUGAUGUGAUCUGAAAUGCAAAAGGCAUCCCCCAGGCAUGGCCACGGAGCCCUGGGGACCGCAUGGCCCUAGACUCAUGCUUCUCCCCUGGAGAAAUUCAGGCUACAGCAGGCCUUUUGACGUCCUGAUUUGUGCCUCGUCCGUUGGAUGAUGACGUUGCAGCUCUUUGAUUUAUAAUGCACUUUAAAAUUUUCAGAAUACUCUCCUUACUACAACUGAGGAAAAUCGUGUCAAGACUAUUACCUCUUAUAGUUAAGGAAAUAGUCUUCAAGAAGGCUAAGCAGUUUGUGGAAAGUCUCAGAUCUGGCCGGACAGCAUCGGAAAAACCAGAUCUUCUUAUUCCUUGACCAAUAUUCUUAUCCCAUCCUACCUCCUCAUACAGUUCCUUAUUCAGUGAACUCCUUAAUUAAAUUAGGACAUGAAAUAAGGACCAAAAAUAGGAGAUUUGGGCCAGUAGAGCAAAGAAGGAGGAAGGAUGAAUUGACAUCAGACAUCAGGAAAUCUUAAGGGUCCUAUGGCAUGAAGCUAGAACCCCAUCAUCUUGUUUACUGUGAUGAUUCAUAUAUGCUAACUACUUUUAUUGGGUCCAGCUGCUCAUAUUCUGGAUUGAUGGAGCAAAUACCCCUUUUUAAUUAUCCUUGACUGCAUUGUAUUUAAUUCCUGAUGUCUUUAAAUAUAAAUAUAAGUAGUUGAAACAGCCAUUAUUAAAGAUUUCAAGAAUCCUCAAGAAUGGCACCUCCUACCCCCAUUAUAAACUGCAACUCUAUUUUAGUAAAUUGAUGGUAAUCAUGUUACAGUAAACCAACACCUUGCAAAAUAAGCUCUCCAGAUUUGGGUAGUAUCUGUGUGACAGACAGAAUGUGUUUUGGGCCUGUUUUAUUGGACCUGUCUGAUGUUAUGGUCCAUUGUCAUUGCCUUGGAGCCCAGGGCAUUCCGUGGAAGACAUCAGAAUUAGGAUUUCCAUGGAAGAAAUUUGCUCUUGGUGUGGGUUUUUAAAGUCUGUGGUUGAUAAUGUAUAACCUUUGAAUAAAUGUAAUGUCUUUUUCAUGUUUUAGCAAAAAUAGGUGGAAUAAAUUGCCUCCCAAUCUCUUUUUUAAUCCUA